GAAAGUGACCAUUCUGGUGGUUGGUCUUGACAAAGCAGGAAAAACAUCCUCCGUCAGAGGGAUGUUAAGAGUGCCGCAUGGUGUGGAGGCAGGACCCACCCAUGGCUGCGUCAGAAACGAGCUGCAGGUGGAGAACUACCUGGUCAGCUUGUUGGAUGUGGGGGGUUCAGCAGAGUCCAGAGGAGCCUGGAGGGAGCUCUGUGGGGAGGCACAUGGGAUCAUCUUUGUGGUGGACUCCUGUGACAGGCAGAGGAUAAAGGAGGUCAAAGAGGUUCUCGCCGACCUGCUGAAACAACCCAGAGUGGCCGGGAAACCGCUAUUAGUGUUGGCCAACAAACAGGACAAAAUGAACGCUCUGCUGGGAAAUGAGCUGAUUGAGAUUCUUUCACUGGAGAAGCUGGUCAACCAGAGCCGCUCUUUGUGCCAUAUA